UUAUUUCCAAUGUAUUUCUUUUUAUUUUGGUAGUUUUAUAAUUAAUUGUGUGUGUUUUAGUUCAUGCAGUAGGCACAGUAUUGAGUUAAAAAUUUGUAAUAUGUUUAUAUUACAAACAUAAAAAAGUUAGGUGAGAACAAUGUUUUUUUGGUCUUGAGUUGUUACUACUGUGUAUUUCUUUGGCAACUUAAAUGAAAAGACAUAUUCCUGCAGCUUUGAGUCUAAGGGCCUUGGGUCAGUAACUUCCAAGCAAAUACUUUGCUUGCCUCAAAUCGCAACUGCAAGCCGGCCUAAAGGGAGCAAUUAAAAAUAGUGAAUAGUCUUCAAAAAUUUGGAACACGCUCCGGCACAGAAAUCACCGGCAUGAUAUGAUCAUUACCAGAGUAGGUUUGUGGGUCACAUCAGUGGUUGUGGUACCAGACUGACGUCAGUGUCAUAUCUUUGUAGCACAAAUGUGAUAAUCGUGAUUCACUCCACAUUACCGCCUGCUGGGGAGCGUCUUCCACGUUAUAGGUAAAUGUGGUUGUGCUCACAGUUCAGGCCAGUAAUGACUGUGGCUCGGUGCAGGCUGUUUCGUGUCUGGUUGUCACCCAGCGUAUUGCGGCUCGACAGCAGGUCUAGCCGCUAAAUAAACGUAUAAGUACGCGGUGCCGCGCCGUGCCGUGUGAUGCCCGCGCGCUCACGCAGAUAGUUGCGGCAGUGGACAGUGGGGCUCCGGGCGUGCAGCGCCAGGCCGCUAGUUAUGAAGACAUGAGGCGCAUGUAGUUGCUACAUUGCCGUAGUGAUCUGUUGAAUUUUUCACGCAAGCAUGGAACCCAAGACUGAACCAGAGAUGAAAGGCUGGCUCUUCAAAUGGACGAAUUACUUGAAAGGCUAUCAGAAGCGAUGGUUUGUUCUGUCGAACGGCCUGCUGUCGUACUACAAGAACCAGGCGGAGGUGGCCCACACCUGUCGCGGCACCAUCAGCCUGUUCGGGGCGCUGAUCCACACGGAGGACGCGUGUGCCUUCGUGGUGUCGAACGGCGGCACGCAGACGUUCCACCUGAAGGCGGCCAACGAGGUGGAGCGCCAGCGUUGGGUCACCGCCCUCGAGCUGGCCAAGGCCAAGGCCAUCCGCACCGUCGAGUCGGAGGAGGAGGAGGACGACUUCGACUCCUCCGUGUGCUCCCAAAAGAACGAGCUGCAGGGCGUGCUGAAACUGCUGUCUACCAAGCUGGAAGACUUGCAGACCUGCAGCGAGCUCAUUGCCAAGCACGGUGCCGCCUUGCAGAGGGCUCUCUCCGAGCUGGAGACGUUCGAGUCGGACGCCGAGAUGUCGACUCACGUCAAGUCGGUCAACGAGAGGGCCACGCUGUUCAGGAUCACCGCCAACGCCAUGCUGAACACUUGUUCCGAGUACUUGAACCUUGCGCAGUCGCACGGUUCCAAGUGGCAGAGGCUGCUGCAACACGAGCGCGACCAGAAGAUUCGCUUGGAGAACAUGGUGGAGCAGUUGGCGCGACAGCAUUCGCAUUUGGAGAAGGCUGCCAAGGAGCACCAGAUACCUACCAGAGAUAUUUCAAAUGUGACUUCCUCGAAACAGCAGGGCACCGACCAAAGCAAAUCUCCUUCUGUUUCAGACGGAGUUGGCGUAGCGAGACUAAACAUCGCCGUAGUGCGCUCCUCCCCUUCGGACGAGGAAGACGAUGUCGAGUUCUACGAUGCCCAGGAUGACGUAGUGCGGCAGGAGACAAAGUCCAAUUUCGUCCUGAAAAUUCCGAUGGGACAUCACAGAACUGCUUCCGACAUCAGCUUGGAGUCUCACAUGAUGGAUGGAUCUGACGAGACCUCCGGUUCCGGCAGCGACGUCGACGACACGGAGACCAAGGUGGUCGUGAUAAGUUCGAGCAGUCCCGGCAAGACGGUGGAAUGGAAAGCCAAAGAUGACCGAAGCACAGGCGACCACGAAUGCGAAGCCCGCGUCACGUCGGCGAGAGUGCGGAGGAAUCGCAUCCCGGACAAGCCGAACUAUCCGCUCAGCUUGUGGAGCAUAAUGAAGAACUGCAUAGGGAAAGAUCUGUCGAAGAUCCCGAUACCGGUGAACUUCUCGGAGCCGCUGUCGAUGCUGCAGCGACUGGCGGAGGACUACGAGUACGCGGACAUCCUGGACCAGGCGGCGCAGUGCCAGGACGCAUGCGAGCAGCUGGCGUACGUGGCGGCCUUCACCGUCUCCAGCUACUCCACCACCAGCAACCGCACGGGCAAGCCCUUCAACCCGCUGCUGGGCGAGACGUACGAGUUCGACCGCACGGAGGACCUGGGCUGGAAGGUGGUGUCGGAGCAGGUGUCCCACCACCCGCCCAUGGUGGCCCAGCACUGCGAGGGGCGGGGCUGGCGCUGCUGGCAGGAGUUCACCAUGGCCUCCAAGUUCCGCGGCAAGUACCUGCAGGUGAUCCCCCUGGGCAUGGCGCACCUGGAGUUCCGGUCGGGCGACCACUACACCUGGCGCAAGGUCACCACCACGGUGCACAACAUCAUCGUGGGCAAGCUGUGGGUGGACCAGCACGGCGACAUGGACAUAGUGAACCACGCGACUGGCGCCAAGUGCCACCUCAAGUACAUCCCCUACAGCUACUUCUCGCGCGACGUGCAGCGCAAGGUGACGGGCUUCGUGUACGACCGCGACGGGCGCCCCAAGUACGUGCUGUCGGGCACCUGGGACCACAAGAUGGACGUGGCCCCCGUGGUGGAGUCCUCGGGCAGCCCCAAGAACCCGGUGGUGAAGACGGGGGCGUACACCACGGUGUGGCAGAGGAAGCCUCCUCCGGAGGACAGCGACAAGUACUACAACUUCACGGAGCUGGCGUGCCAGCUGAAUGAGCCGGAGGAGGGCGUGGCGCCCACGGACUCGCGCCACCGCCCCGACCAGCGCCUCAUGGAGGACGGCCUGUGGGACGAGGCCAACACGGAGAAGCUGCGGCUGGAGGAGAAGCAGCGUGCCGCGCGGCGGGAGCGUGAGGCCUGCGCGGAGCGUGCCGCGGCCUCGGGCCAGCCCUACCCGCCCUACGAGCCGGUGUGGUUCAAGAAGGAGCGCGACGCCUGGACGGGCAACAUCUUCCACAUGUACCAGGGCCGCUACUGGGACUGCAAGAGUCGCCAGGAUUGGAGCAUGUGUCCCGACAUAUUCUAGUUUCUCUCCCACACCUACCUGCUGUCUUCUAUACAUACUACAUACUACAUAUUAUACAUGUGCGUAGCUGCUGUAUUUUUAACAUGCUGACCUGUUUUUGGACUUCUGGUAGCAGAUGUCGCGGCUGCUGUGCCAACUACGUAGCAUGUAUGGCGAGGGACUCGAUGCAGAAAUGUCCUGUUCGUACUCCUAGUUGAGCUGCUGACUAUUUGUGAUAGUAAUUCUCCCUUGAAACUUAGCCAUGUACAAACCAUGAUUUGCAAGCUUUUUGAUGUUAACAACACAGUUUUAUUAGUAAAUCAGUAUUUACAAAAAAAAAAAAAUCCUGCAUUUUGUUUUAAAGAUGUUAAUUUUUAAAAUUGUGCAAAAAUAAUGGGUGCCAAAUUGUUACGCAAUUACUAUUUGCAGUUUGUGUAGUAUCGUUCCUUAGGUGAGUACUUAUAAAGUUUGUUUACAAAUUCACUCUUUGUUUAAAUAAACACAUUUUAUGCAGCUUUAUUUUUUUUUUGAGUACCAUUUGAAAUAACUAUUAAUUGAAAUUGUCACAAAGUAAAUAAAUGUAUGCAUUCAUAUACUUCAAAACUGUUGCAUAAUCCUCUGUAUAGUCCAUGCCAAAAGAACAUAAAUACUUGUAGCAGACUCAACGUAUUCUGCAUGUUGAAUGAGCAGGGAGGUUACAAUGUUUGGAGCUGAGUAAUCUCUAUCAGAUGUCGUCGGUGGUUGAACUUUGUGUCGAGGCUACUCGAUCAGUGUACUUUGAGCACGCAUGGUAUCUCCUCUGUUGCCUGGGCGAAUGUAGUUACUGAGACACCAGGGCUGUCCAAAUACAGUCUAUAUUUUGCUAACAAACUCCAGGACCUGUUAUGUUGUGCAGAAAUAAACUACAUGUUCUAUUUUGUUUGAAUCAACAUUUAUGACAUUUAGCAAUUAUUGAUUUAAGUACGUAAAUACAAUAGAAUUGUAGCUGUCUUAAUUGGUUUGUGUUCAGAUAGAAUUUCUGCUAAUAUAGUAAAGUUUAAAAAGUGUAUAUUGCUUCCAAUAUGCUAGGUACGCUUACAGUUCCUUCUAAAUAUUUGUUGCUUAGUAUAGUUAAAAUUUUGCAGUUCAUACAUAGUUUUCGAGAGUUUUGGUGAAACCGAAGUUAAAUUGAGUUUUAAGAGAUCUUACAGGUUUGUUAUAUUUAAUGUAAUGUGAAAAUUUGUUAUGUUCUCAACUGCCCACUAAGCAUGUGAUGUUUCCCACAGUGUUAAUAGUCGGUGUGUAACCAUCCAAGAUUGUGUUUAACAGCCAGUUGUGGAUUAGCUGUAGGACCUUUGUGUGAUGCAGUGCGUCCACAUUCUCGCCCCAGUAUCUACUGUGUUUCUAGUGUUGUGCUUGUUGUAGCGAGGGUGAUCUUUAAGGGCAGAGCGAUUGUGAUGUGUUUCAAAUGGUGGCGAGGAUAGUUCGUUAGGGUGUUAACCUAUUCCCGUGGCAAGAGGAAACUUACGUUUGCUUGUGGUGUGUUUAAAAAAAAAAAUAAUCUUGUUGUAAUUAGAAUAGAAAGCUACAAGAGUGGGUUUGUUAGUGGCCCUUCUUAACCCGUCGGGAAUGAUUUAGCCCGUAGUGGUCUGUGAAUAACAGUGAUAGCAAUAUCUUUGUCAGUACUGUGCUGCGUAUCAGAGGUUAAAUGUUCUGCAAGUGUUUACAACCACAGCUGUUGCCGCGGUGCACUGAAACUAGCUACGUUCACUGUUGAGUUAUACUGGUCGUAGUCAUACCUGCUAGUCGGGUCUGUAAACACGGCUACUGAGAACGCGAUGAUGUAAUCUGCAUCACUUGUCAAACUAGACUACACAAUGUACGUGUAACUAUUUUCAUCAGUUGGCAGUUUGUGUUUAGUGAUUUAUUAGUUUCUUCGGUUCAUUUAUGAUGACAGAACUUAGGUUAAUGUUAUUUUUAAUUGUAUUUUCAUGAGACAGGUGGCAAAAGAAUUUUUUCCAACAGAAAUGAUCUUUAUAUAUAUAUAUAUAUAUAUAUAUAUAUAUAUAUAUAUAUAUAUAUAUAUAUAUAUAUAUAUAUAUAUAUAUAUAUAUAUAAGCUAUUGUAACCAAUUUUGGUUAUUGUUCAGUGAUUUAAAAAAAAAAAUAGUAUUUAUAGAGAAUUUGUUUAUCCGUAUUGAGAUCCUUAGAUACAUGUAUGUAUUCAAUACUAAAUCUCAAAAAUACCUGUAUACACCACGUACCUUUGAUAGAUUAAAAAUUUGGUUGCCAAAUCACUUGAAAGGUAAAUUGAAGCUAGACUUAUUUUAUACAAUUUCAACUUGAUUACAGGAAUAGUUAACUUGAAGUUAAGAACUAGUUAAUAAAUGUUAGUUUAUGCAUACCAGUUAACUGGUAGGUUAUUGUGUUCAAGUACCUAGUAGGUAACACCGGAAGAUACUGGAAGUUAGUCAUGUACACCUUGCAAGGGUUAUAGUCCUGUUCCUUAUUAGCCAGGUUAAGUUAACUGGAAGCUAGAGUAUUAUUUAUUAGCUUGAGUUUAUCUAUGUCCGAGGUAACUUAUCCUGUGAAUAUGAUGGCAACCAAAAAGACUUCAACUUCCAGUUUGAAAUAUUUGUAUAACUGUAGCCUUUAAUUAACUUUGUCUAGUGAUAUAGAAUAUAAUACGAAUAUUGCAGCCGAUUAAUGUACCCUAUUGGGAUAUAUAUUGGUAUAUAUAGUAUUAUUAUAUUAUAUAAUUAUAUUCCAGCCCAUUGAGCAAUAUUAACUGGUCGCCAUAACUGUAUGGAUAUUCUUAUUUAUAUUGAAUGCCAUGAUAGUUGCAAGAUAUGUUAACUGGAGUUGUACCUAGUAGAUGGCAGGUCAUCCAAAGCGUGAGUCAAAAGGAAACCUGAAAGUAUAUCGGAUAAAGUUAAGUGUUGACCAAGAUGCUUACUCUUAACAUUAAACAUGACUAAAAGUGAUAAAACUGGUAAGAAAAAAAAAAGUAGUGGUAAAGAAAGUGUAUUAAUCAGUACAUCUGGUAGUUAGUUUGUCACAGUGAGGCUUCCUAAUGAUUAAUAUAUUUAAUGUGAAAACAUUAUGAAUUAAGACUUACAAGUGAACAUUAACCAGUUUUAAAUUGGAACAGUAUCAAAGCAGGGUAAACAAAACACUUGUAAAAUUGUUAGAUUGGUUGUGUUAAAUAUAUAUAUAUAUAUAUAUAUAUAUAUAUAUAUAUAUAUAUAUAUAUAUAUAUAUAGGUUGAUGCAAUAACAGUAACAUAGAGGGAUGACUACUCUUUGUAUGUCAUUCAUGUGACCACGUUUUGUUUAUAAACACAUCCACGUUGCCAGCAAGCACUGAGGAGAGAUGGUAGAUGGCAGCCCUAGUUUCUGCACCGCGGGCACCUCUGCUUGUGAACACUUCACGAGUGAACCACUCUGGUUGUGAUUACCUGGUACUCUGCUGUAAGGUACACAUUAGUUUGAGCUGAUACCCGUGUUACUGUGAUUAGUUAAUCUGUCCAAAAAAGUGUGGUUGUUGGAUGAACCAUUUUCUUGGUUCGGCACGCUCCUUAGAAGAGAUGUUGCUUCACUUUUGAAACUCGUUUGCUUUUUCUUUUUCCCCUUCCAACUUUCCCACCUUGACUUCGAAGGUGUCGCUACAAAACUAUUUGUGUCAAGUUGCAGUGGAUUGUGAUGUGAACAAUGUUUGCGAGAUCAAGAAAUGUAAUAAAUUAAACCCUUUUGCUAUUUGACAUCACUUUUCCUAAGUUUUGUAAAUAUAUAUACAUGUAAUGAUAUAUGAUAUGAUAUAGUUUGUCAUUUGUUGUCUCGAAGUAGUAUGUUUAUAGUGUUUGGGCGUAGAAAUGUAAAUUAAUGUACAGUUAUGAAUUAAAAGUAUGCUAGCAGUUUGUCAUUUUAAUGAUAACUGUUUUAUCUGAAAUGUUUCUUUCAGUUCUACUGAGUUUAUUGUAUUAUGUAUUAUUAUUUUGCUCUGGAAUCUUCAAUAACUUUUCUUAAGUCCUACGUCAGGAGACUCUUAACUUACUGAAGCUAUACUGAGUGUGGCCAUAGCCGGUUUUAAAGCUGCAGUGAUAAUCUUUAUCAAAAACAUUUUAACAUGUGCCUUGUGUUAAUCAAAUAUAUUUCCAAUUUCUUUCAUCACAUGAAAGCCUUUUUUUUUUGGACCAGCAGUUAAUAUUAUUUUAACUUUGGCUGCCUUUGAGUUAGUUCUCGCACGUUCUCGCGUCAAACUUUGGGGUCUCUCACUGCUUGAUUGUGCGCUCUGUCUCAGCGAGUCGUAUUUCAUGUCCUUGUCGCUUCCAACACCUUCCAGUAUUGUGUGUCAAAGUUGGAGGGCUGUGACCUCACAUGCACAGCCAUGUUUGUUUGACAAGUUGGAUGACUUUAGUUUCAAGCUAAAAUUUUGCAUGUAGGACGGGUUCUAAAAUAUGUUGGAUGCAAUCUGCCAAUCAAAAUCAUGCCUAACGAAAACUGAAAUGACAUCCAUUUCCGUCACAACAAUUCUUUAAAGUGGUGGCGAGAUCGUCGGCGAUUAAAGAGGUUACAAAAAGUUAAGUACCUAACUAAAAAAUUGUAAUAUGAAUGUCGUAUGCAAAAACUUUCAUGUUGCAUAAAUUAAAUUGUUUGUAUAAAUAUAAAAAAUCACUCAUGAUUAAUUUAAUUAUGUAGGUAAUGAAUAUUAUUGUAAUUUAAAUUUAUACAUGUUAAAAAAAAUAUUUAAAUGCACAAAUUUAAUAAACAUUACAUUAACACUGUUUACUUUCAAGUUUAAGAAGCUCUGACCAAAAAUAAACUUUGAUAGUGUGACAUGAUUUAAAACAUAUUUGAGUUUAUCUGUCCAAAUAUAUUUGAUGGGUAAAAUUGGAAACCUUUCUCCAUCCAACACUUUAGCCAAAUAUAUUGUGACAGUGUGACGGAGCCUUCAGAGAUUUGCCCUGAGCUCUGUCUUAUUUAUUGUUUGGUCACAAGUGUUCUCAUGAGAUAUUCACUGCGUGUUAUUUUCAAGCCGUAGAAGUUGGUGUAAGUGGUCAUGAUUGUAGGGUGCCACAGUAAAAGGUUUUAAGUACUGUCGAAUAACCUUUACAUUCACAGGAGGUAUUUUGUGUUAAAUUGCUACUAUUUUGUGUUGUUUCAAUGUAAUAUGUUAAGUUCUGGUUUAGUUUAGGAGAAAAUGUGUUUGCCUUAACUCUGUAAAAUGAAGCAGAACAAAGUAAACACUAAUUAAGAAAUUAACUUUUAUUUUAGGGUUUAAAUUUUCGAAGUGCGACCCUUCAAUUAUGAACUCUUUGGUUAGUUCUUACAGAUUAUAAUAUUUAGUAGAUAUUUGUAGAGACUUUUUGAGAUGAAACACAAAGUGCAAGAGAGCUAUCACAGCAAGUUUAGAGGAAAACCUCGGAUAACAGCGACGACAAGGCAAUGAAAUAACCAACAUGACAUGAGACAGAGUCGCAGGAACCACACAGUGUUCUGGGCUCAGCCUAGGUGCUAGAUGUGUCCUCGUUACAGUAGUAACGGACAUUAGUGCAUGUAAGUUUUUUCAACUCUUUGCUGGAAAGCAGUUUCCGGUAAAGAAACGUGGUUUUUGUUGUAUUUUAAAAAUUUUAUCUGUGAGAGUGAAAGUGCAAUAGUCCAAUUAGAAAAGCUUUUCCAGAUGCCAAAUUGUCUGUGGCUUUAUAAAUAUGUACUGUAAAUCUUAGAGAAACAAAAUACUUUCCAACCAAAACGGCUUGCUGGCCUUCGUAAUACUGUAAAAUAUUUGUUCAGUUUAUGAAAUAGAUGCUUUAUAAAAGUUUUAAUGAAUUUCCUUGAUUUUUCAUUGCAUAAAAUCACAGUAAUCUUUCGUGUACAAAUUUAUUUCGUAGAGUAGUUUCAUAAUUUAAUUAGACUUGAAAAGUUUAUUCAGUGUCAAAUACUUCAUGGUGUUUGUUAUACUUUUUAACAGUUAAAAAUAACCAUUUAUAAUCAUCUAUAAAAUAACGUUUGAAACUAUGUAGCUCUACAUAUAUGGUUUGCUUACUAUGGUUUGGUUAUUGGAGAAUUUGCUGAAUUUAUUUUAUGAGUGAGGCUGUAAGGAUGAAAUUUGUAAAAUAAAAUAAAAAUGUUUUUUCAGAAUGUGUUGUAAAUGUUUGUAAAUAAAAUAGGUCCUAUCACUAUGGAGCUUUCAUGAAAAUGUAUUAAUAGCUGUCUGCACACAGAUUUUUUUUAAAAACUUUUUUUCAUGAUAAUAUUUGAAAUGGAAAUAUGUUAGUUUAUUAUGUUUGUUUUUUAGUAUGUUAAUAUUUCAGUACUAUAAAAUAUUGCUCCAAUUUUCCAUUUGGGAAUUGAGAUGAAUUUGAUCAACCGUGUGAUCACUGUAACUUAUCAAUCCAUAAAUUUCAGACUUGAUUAUUUUGAUGUUCCUUGUUACUUUACUUACAACUGAAUAAAUAAAUUACAAGUAUG